UCAUACUUAUACCCUUCUGAAAAAAUAUAAAGUGUUCUAAAGUUGAACAAUCGAACUUUGUAUUUAUUAGAUUAUAAAGAUGAUUCAUAGCGAAAGUUGAGAGAGAUUUAACUAAAAUUAGACUUUUUGCUAUCUAUAAUUUCAUGUUUUCUUAAAAAAUAAUUCGUUUUUUUAAUGAGUUUCUUUAAAUAGUUUUUGUGAGCUUGUACAAUAUAAUACUGUUCUUUCCACGUAAAAUAAAAAAAUGUAAAAUUUAUAAAUAAUAAUCUUUUUCGUUCUAUUUUAACAAAUUAAUGAAAACUUUCAAUGUUUUCAAACAAUAAACAGAUAGAAUAAAAUAAUGAAAGAAACGACACUUAUUUUUUUUGUAUAUUAUUACAUAUCAAAAUUCACUAUUAUUUUGAUGAAUAUUUUUUUAUAACUUUUUAUAAAAUAUUUACUACUUAUGCUUGGUACUGAAUGGUAUUUGGUAUGAAUGGUACUGGCAUAGAACUUAUGGCUUAUAUCGUACUAACUUACAUAAGCCCUAUGAACUUACGAGUUCUAGUGGCCGACCAACACGAAAUUUGAGGGGCUGAACUUCAAAUAUAAAAUUUUAACUUUGGACAUUUAUUAGUUUACAAGAAUAAUAAUAAAAAGCUUCUGGAACUAUUCAUCCAAUUCUUUUUAUACAGAUGUUACUAAACAAUCGUUUUCGCAUCGUCGCUGACUAUUGAGUACCCGAUGAUAUCAGUGUCUAUAGGGUGUCCAGCAUUGAUAUAUUGGGUAUAUUUCGGUUUUACUUUAAUUUUAAAAUUUUUAAAGAUAUUUUAUAUAAUAAAAAAAGUAAUUUUUUAAUUAUUAUUAACUAACACGUGUUUUUGUACACUUUCUAAGAACAUAAUUUUCAUGAAAAAAUUUGUUAUAAUAUGUACUACAUAUUAGGAUAAUAAAAAAUAUAAGAUUAUUAACAUACAGAAUUCUGUUUUCUUAUUGUAUAUUUAUAUUAUAAAAACUAAAAAUGAAAACGUUUGUACAAAUAAAAAUAUCGUGUUUUAUUUUAUUGAUUUUAUACGAAUCAUAUAAUUUGUAGAUACUUCUAACAUGCAUGGAUAAAAAAAUUGGAAUGUUUUUAAAUUUGCUAAGAAUUUUUUAAAUUCCGGUGAAGAGCUAACAAUGCCUCUUUGUAUGACUUGUUUUGGUGAAGUAUUAUUAUUUCUUUUAUACUUAUUUGAAGUUUUUAAAUUACUUCUUAUAUGUUCUGAAUCUUGACGUACGAAAUAUUUCGUUAAUAAAUGAUUUUUUAGAUACUGAUUAUUGAAGUAUUGAUAAAGUUCAUAAUUGUUGAAAAACAACAAUGUAUAACUACUAAAAAUAAUUUCACUUUGAAUAAUAUUUAUAUUUGUAUCCAAUAUAUUUUUAUUUUUGUUUUUUACCACAGUCCAUUUAUCUUCUUCAUCAUCACAACUCAAUUCUGUUUUUAAAUAUUUUGUACUUAUCAUAAAAUUUGGCAUCAAUUUAGAUUCUAAUAUAGCAGAGACACCUUUAUUUGAAUUGCUUUUAUUAAAAAUAUUUUUGUUACGACUUCUUAUGAAAGUUGUGAAAUAAAAGAUAGCUGAGUAAAAGUUGCACAUCCUAUGAAAAUCCAUCCACAUUGAAAACAUAAUUAUCAUUUAUCAUUCAUCUUCUACGAUACGAACUUUUUACUUACACAUUAUUCCAUAUUUUUAUCGCCUUUUUAAGGGAAUUGCUAUAUGAACAUGCGAAAAGUAUUGCGAAAGAUAUAGAUACAAAAACAUAAACAUAUUGGAGUACAGUUUUUAACAUUAUUAUCAUGUUACAGUAUAUAUAAUUUGCUCUUGUAAUAUGUAACAUUUCUUCUAUAGCCUCCGUUUUUGUCGAAAUAUUAUACACAACUUCAAGAUCUGAAUUUUAUAAGUAAAAUAACGUAACUGCACGGAAGCUAUUAUGUUGAAUAAAUUUAUUAUACAGAACGUAAUAUUUACCUUGUUGUUUUGAAAUAACUGAAUGAUAUACAUUGCUUGUACAUAGAGCUAUCCAUAAUCCAAAUCCCCAAAGGAAUAAACUAUUCCACGAUAUAUAAUGCGAUCUUUUUUGCUUAAACAACUCUAAGUAACGACGAUACAUUGUACAAAUAAUGGCAUUUAAAAAUAUCUACCUUUUCUGUUAGUAAUUGUCCACUACCAUUAUUUUGCAUUUUGUAUGUUACUUUUUAAUUCCUUGUUUCUCGAAAGAAUAUCAUAAUAUUUGUUCAAAAGUAAAUUUUGUACACGUUCAUCAAUGAUAUAUAAAUCGAAAAAUUAUACAAAAUAAAAAAAUAAGACAAUCUAUAUACAAGACGAAUGCCCAAUAGUUUCAUGUGUAUCAUUUAUUACAUUACCUAUUUAAAUGUCAGUAAUUUAAAAUUUACAAAAAGAUAUAAAUUAAUAUUAUGAUAAAUAUUUCUAAAGUGUUAAUUAGAAUUUGGAAUGUACAAUAUUUCAACGCGACUUGAUGCCUUGAAUAGACAACUCUUAAUUAUUUCUAAAUUGCAAAAGAUGGAUGGAGAAUGUAGUGUGUAUCCCACAACAGCAUGUAAAAAAUGUAACGUAUACAAUAACAUUGCAAAAUAUUAUCACUGUGCCCACAAAAUUUUAUCUUCAAAAGACCAAUGCAGUAGGUUCGACUGCACUGAAGAAUGCAUAUCACAUGAUAGUAUUAAAAAGAGAAUACCAUGUAAUGUUAUAACAUGCAAAACACGCAAAAAAUUACGUUUUUAUAAGAAGGUUCCCUCAACUGAAGUUCAUACAGAUUUGAAGGAUGAAGUUAAUAUAAUGAAUGAUGCAAUUGGUAAAGAGUUGAAAGAACCAGAGAAACAAAGUAAAUCUGAUCAAGUAGACUUAACUUCACAAUUUUAUAAAAUGUGUACUCAAGACAAAAUAAUUGAUACAUACGAAGAGAAAAGCGAGCAAACCAUUCCAACAAAAGAUAAUUUUCGCACUGAAUUAAAUAUAAAUAGUUUGGACUCAAAUUAUGUGCAGAAUGAAGCAACAAAGCAGGAAACAUUUCAAAUAGAAAUAGAUGAAAGCAUUUCAAAUGAAUUAGGGAAAAUUGAUUCCAUUAUAGAAGAUAUUUGUGCAAAAGACAAGAAAAUUUUCGAAAGAAUUCAAAAGGAUCUGUUAACUGAAAAAAUACGCACUAAAGAACUUGAAAAAAGAUUGAAAUCUUUAACUUGCAGUCUAAAUUGUUUGAAAGAAGGUAGUGAACAAAGGGCAGCUUGUUUAAAAGAUGUAUUAGUAACAGCUGAAGAACAAAGAAAUGUUGCAAUGGAUUUAGUGAAACAAUCAAAAAAUCAAGCAGAUUUAGUCAAAACAGAUAGGGAUGAAUUAUUAAAUGAGAUUUCAAAAUUACAACAACAGGUAAUCGAAGUUGCACAUAAAAAUACAGAUCUGCUGCAAGAACGUGACAAUUUAAAGAGCAAAUUACAAUCUUUAUCAGAGGAUGAAUCUAAAAGGUGUGAGGAGGUUAAAAAAGAAGUGAAUAGAAUGAAACAUGCUGUAAAAGAAAAAGAAAAUGCUUUAAAUAGAGAGAGAGCAGAAUUUAUGGAUAUGAUUUUAGAACUUACGAACGUAAUUAAUAUACAAAAGAGACGAAUAUGUGAAGUAAGUGGUAUAUGUAAUAGUCAACUACAUAGCAUACAUGAAAGAAAUGAAGAAUUAUCUCAAAAGAAUAUCGAGAUAUCGGAGAUGAAAAAUAUGUUACAGUCAAGUAACUCUACUUUUAAAGAAAUGGAAGAGAAAAUAGAUCAUUUGCAAUAUUGUUUAUGUAAAGAAACAACGACUUGUAACCAGCUGAAACAAGAAUUAGAAACUUUCAAGGAAAAUCAUUUAUCUGAAUUGAGAAUAAAAGACAAAAUUAUAGAGGAACAAAAUAAAACAAUUUCAAAACAAAAGAAGUUAUUACAUGACAGUGAAGUGAUGGUCCAGCAAGUUGCUUCCGAAUUUAAUGAGCUUAAAGAUGAAUUAAACAAAGAAAAAACGAAAAAUGAAUCUUUGCAAAUAACAUUGAAUGAGAAUGAUACCAAAUUAAGCAAGAUAUAUUUAUCGCAAUGUGAAAAAUGUAGAACACUUAUAGUUGAAAUAGAUUAUUUAAAAAAAGAGAAACAAAAGGCAAUAGCACUUGCAAAAUUUGCUUAUCAAAAGUUGCAUCAAUCUGUGAAAGAGUAUAAAAAGAGACUCAUUUGUGAGAAACAGCAACACAGGUACAUGGCAUUGAUUAUUGAGGAAAGAGAACAUGAGAUAGGAUGUUUGAGGAAUCAAAUUUGUCAGAAUAACAUGAGAAUUAUUUAAAAAAGAAAUAGUUAUG